AUGAGGCAUGAGAUUGCAGAUGCAGGGGUGACAGAUGAGUACACACAGUAUCGUAUUGCACAUCCGAUUGCACGGAUUUCAGAUCCAACCGAGCCGAUACUAGCUUUUAAGGAUGAGAGGAGGCAACGAUGGGGGAGGAGAGGAGGUAGGGGUGGAGGAGGACGAGAUGGUGCUGGUGGAGGAGGAGGAGAUAGGGGAGAGGGAGGUGGUGGGGGAGGUUAUGGUGGAGAAGGAGGAGGGGGAGGUGGUGGGGGUGGGGGAUUUGGGGGUGGAGGUGGAGGUGGUGGAGGAGGACGUUUACAGAGGAGAGGGAGAGGCAUGCAACCAUUGUGA